ACAAAACCCAAAGGAUAAACCCUCACUCACCUUAGCCACAAAAAUACAUCUAUAAUAAUAAUAUCACAUAUCUUCUUAACCCACAACCCUCAAACACUCUAUUCUAACCAUGGGUUGUGUCUCAUCCAAACAUGUCAAAGCCGGAACCCUCGAUGUCUACCGUCCGGCCGCCACCAGUUUCGCUGUAUUCGACAUCAACUCCAUCACCGAACCAUGGCUACCGGCGAAAGAACAACAAGAUGACGAGAAAGAAAAAACGCCAUCCCACUUGCCGGUUCCAAAAGAAAAACUCGAUGAUGACGAUGAUGAUGAUGUUGUUCCACGACCGUGGGAAGAAGUCAGAAAAGAUUUGGAAGAACUUAAACCAACCUUAAACUCCCCGACACCUCGUCAACCCACCGCCGACACGCCGCCGGACACAUCACCGGUACCGGAGAAAAAGAUGAAACGCAAGAGCUUUUCUUUCCACACACUUGAAGAACUCGAAAAUAAUACAAAGGCGGGUAAGAAUAAUAAUAAUAAACCGGGUCCCGGGUUGAAAAAAACCGAGUCGUGUAACGAGUUGAGCAAUAUCCGGUUGAAACGAACCGACCCGGGUACGAAAUCCGGGUCGAUACCCCCUCCGGUUAUAGAGGGGUACAAGUCAUUAAAAGAUAACCCGUUUUUGUUGCGGGAUAAAGAGGAGAGAGAAAAACAAGGGUUACCUCCGCUUUUUAUGAAGCGGGACCCACUUGAGGAUUACCCGGAAAUCUGCCCGCCGGGCGGGUCAGAUAAAGUGGUUAUCUACUUGACGUCGUUGGGUGGGAUCCGGAGGACGUAUGAAGAUUGUAACCGGGUUAGGUCUAUUAUGGAGCUCCAUGGGUUUUUGUAUGAAGAGCGAGAUAUAUCGUUACAUGGUGAGUUUCGGACUCAGUUGAGAGAGUUGCUUGGUGACUCGGCAAGCGUGCCAAGGAUGUUUGUGAAGGGUAGGUAUAUUGGGGGAGUGGAUGAGAUUGUGGGGUUAAAUGAGACGGGUCGGCUCAGGAGGAUAUUGAGUCGGGUUGGGAUUGAAAAAGAGGUUGGGAGACAAGCGUGUGAAGGGUGUGGUGGUGCGAGGUUUGUUCCGUGUUUGGAGUGUGGUGGGAGUUGUAAGAUCGCGGUGGACGGUAAGAAAGAGAAAGAAAGAUGUCCUGAAUGUAAUGAGAACGGGUUAAUGUAUUGUCCUAUGUGUUCAUGAUACGAUCAGACACUCAUCGACCUUGUAGAGGGCCGAUUCAUGAUUGUAAUGUUGUUUAAACCUUUGUUGAUUUGGUUUCGUUUGAUUUUUAAUAUAGAAAAAUAAUAAGAUAUACGUUUGUAAAUGAAACAGUUCUUUAAAUUUGUACCA